AUGGCUACUAUUGUUGCUACUAACCACAUAUUAUGUCUUAUGAAACUCUGCAGACUAUGUGGAAAUUAUAUCGGCCAUGAUCCAGUUAACACGGAAAAUAUAAAGAUUCGUAUUGAUCAGGCAUUUUUUACUGAACUUGAAGAAGACAGGCUGGAUACACACCCACUAAAAAUUUGCAUGAAAUGCUACACAAACUUGAGAAAUAUCGAAAAGCGAGGAACAACCUAUAAUUUCAGUUUAAGUCAAUGGCCACUUACUUGUUUCAUUGAAAGAUGCAUAUGUUUUUGGAAAAAUCCUGGUAGGAAGAAAAAAAAGCAGUGUGGAAGACCAUCAAUAAAUGACAAAGUUAUUUGGACAAGGGAGUCAUUUUGUAAAAUAAUGGAAAGUUUUUCUCGACUGUCUCGUUUAUGCCAUGAUUCUAUUGAUGUAGCAGAUAAUCCACACAAAGAUUUGUGUGUAUGCAAGAUUUGCAUGAGGUUGUUGCAUAAGCCUGUAUUACUUAAUAACUGUCAACAUUUGUUUUGUGCUACAUGCAUUUUUCCAUACAUAAUCGGAAAAUUAGAGACAGAAACAAAAUGCACAAUAUGUUUCUCUAAUAUAACUCUUCGUAGUAUCUUAAAAGCGACGUCAAUUCAGAAUAUACUUGAUAAUUUAUUUAUAAAGUGUUGUAAUAAUACAUGCAAAGAAAAAUUUACUGUAAAAAAUAUAAGCUUUAAAGAAGAACAUGAAAAAACCUGCAAAGUUAGAAAUAAAUCACAAUACAGUUCCCCAUCAUCUAGCUCUUUAUUGACAGUUACUGAGGUAUAUAAAAUAAAUGAACAUUGA